GGUACAGACUUUGCUUGAAUGCAAACUAUAUACGGCGUGACAGACACACCUAUGAAAUAUCGAACUUCAUUUCACUGCAAAGCUAUUCUGCAUACUUCUUACGUUCUGUCUUGCAUUUGAUAUAGGGUGGGCUUCUGUGAUCGGUCAUAGCGAUGGCGAGCAAGGCGCAAGGCGCGGAGAAAGAUGAGUUUGACGUCAAAGGGCUCAACCAGGACCCAGAGAAAAUUAAGAUGCUGAUGAAGCGCGACCCCAAGUUCAUCGAGCGCCUGAUAACGCAACUUGACAAGAAUAUGCACAAGAUGAUGCUACAAAAGAAGGCUAAGCUGGAUGAAAUUGCUCAAGCAGAGAAGGAAAUAGAGACGAUUAACAGCCAAAUCAAGUCGCACAUCACGCCAAACUUAGAGCGAUUAGAGGGGUCCAUCAAGAGCAAGCGGGAGCUGCGAGACCAAGUCAAGCAGCAGUGUGAUGCCGAGUUCGCCAAGGUUAAGGACCUGGAGGCCGAGGCGCGGGCACUCAUCCAGAAGUCCCGGCACACGGCCGGCAAGCUCUACCGCGCAACGGCGACGCAACGAAUGGAGGAGGCCCGGGGAUUCUCCUCCUCCACACCCACCACAACACUGCUCAAAGGCGGCGCCGCCACGGCGACGCUGGGGGCCACAGGCGCGGCGGGGCGGAGCACGAUGUCCACUACCGCAGCGGCAAAGCCCAGCACAUAAUACACGCUUCUGGUGCCGCCGCUGGUGCUGCUGGCACCAACUGUGGCUGAUGCUGGUGCUAGUGACGCUCUUGAUAUUGCGAUCAGCACCGGUGCCUGAGCGGCACUCGUGUGCUGAAGCUGGAGCCGGAGCCGGAGCUGGAGCUUUGGCAGGCCGAGGGAGACAAACACAGGAUGCAGGCCGCAUGAGCGCGAAGCGAGGCGAUGCGUUAGUGACUGGCCGCAAGGUGCGGUAACUGUCGCGGCACAGGCCCCUUUUGCGUGGGGCAUCCGGUGGAGGUAUAAAUGGCAAAGGGCUGCUGGCUGCACUGCACAGUAACCAAUGUGCACAGCAGCGCGGCCCGUAGGUGGGCGGAGCGGCGUUGUACCGUAUGGACACGGGAUGAGCAGAGAGCUGGAUUUCUUCGGCGAGCGGGCUAUUUGCAGGCGUACUGCCGUGCCCAGCAUUACUGUUUGCUGCGAUUGCAGACCACAGCGGCGAGCUUUGACAUGUGGGUUGGGUGGGAGGACGAGAGGACGUGGCAGAUGGGGCUCAAGGCGCGCGCUUUAGGGCGUUCUGCACAUGCAGGCUGGUGCAUCCUCCCGUUCAAACACCUACCGCUA